CACUUAUUCCGCACCAGCACCUCCUUCUCCAGCCGCUGCAGCGCCUUCUCUCCGUCCCGCGUCACUGCUGCCGCCAUGCCGGGAGGUCUCCUGCUCGGGGACGAGGCUCCCAACUUCGAGGCCAAUACUACCAUCGGCCGCAUCCGUUUCCACGACUAUCUGGGAGACUCAUGGGGCAUUCUCUUCUCCCACCCCCGGGACUUCACCCCCGUGUGCACCACGGAGCUUGGCAGAGCUGCAAAGCUGGCCCCGGAAUUUGCCAAGAGGAACGUUAAGCUGGUCGCUCUCUCCAUAGACAGUGUUGAAGACCAUCUUGCGUGGAGCAAGGAUAUCAACGCUUACAACUGCGAGGAGCCCACGGAGAAGUUGCCUUUUCCCAUCAUUGACGACAAGAAUCGGGACCUCGCCAUCCUGCUGGGCAUGCUGGACCCGGCCGAGAAGGACGAGAAGGGCAUGCCCGUGACGGCGCGCGUGGUGUUCAUUUUUGGCCCCGACAAGAAACUGAAGCUGUCUAUCCUCUACCCAGCUACCACGGGCAGGAACUUCGACGAGAUUCUCAGAGUGGUUAUCUCUCUCCAGCUGACAGCGGAGAAGAAGGUCGCCACCCCGGUGGACUGGAAGGUCGGAGACAGCGUGAUGGUCAUUCCAACCAUGUCGGAAGAGGAAGCCAAGGAACUUUUCCCUAAAGGAGUCUUCACCAAAGAGCUCCCGUCCGGCAAGAAAUACCUCCGCUACACGCCCCAGCCGUAGGCCUGCCCCGGGGGGCUGGUGCUGGGAGCCAGGGCGUGCCAGCCGCCCACCCUCUCCAGCCUGUGUCCUGAGGCAGUUCCGUCAAAACAUCCCGCUGUGGUCACAGCCACGGGCUUUAGGCUGCUGUCCUACUGGCUUAUUAAAUGAAAAUGGCACUAAAAAAAAA